AGAUACUUCAUUGAGUGUAAAGAGUUUUGGGACAUUCUGAGGUUGUGUCCACAGCUAUGACUUCACUCUGUGGGCUGAAGGGGCCAUGGCCUCUUCUGGUAUUAAGAUGUUUGUGGAGGAUGGAAAACAUGAAACCCUAUUAGAAGAGGUGAGUGCUACACUGGAUGCUGUGCAGAGCUGCUUUCACACUAACCCCAUCAUGGCAGGAGAAGGGAAUUCCAGCACAGUAUUUACCGUUACUCCUACACACCCUCUUGUGUCAUUUCUGGUGCGUAUAAUUCCCAGUCCAGAUUGGUUUCUUGGUGCUAACAGUAUCAACCUGUGUGAGAAUGAUAAUUGGAAAAAAUCCUGCACCUUGGAUCUAUUCCCUUGGGAUGCUGGGACAGACAGUGGAUUUACAUUUUCGUCUCCAAACUUUGCCACCAACCCUCAGGAGACAAUAUUCCAAAUAACCGCCAAGUACCCGUCCCAUCCAGCCAAUUCCUUCUACUAUCCACGUCUGGAAGCAUUGCCCAGAAUGGGCCACUCAGAGUUCACUCUGCUCUCCGCAACCUCGCCCAGUCAGGCGUCGAGCGAGGAACCUGAGAAAACGCAAUCAACCCAAGGACAGAAACAAAACUUGACAGAGCUUCCACAGGUUAUCCGGAUGCUGACUGAGAAUGGGACGAAGACUGAAGCCGAACUCUUCAAAGUCGAUGAUGGUUUCAAUGAUGUGCUUGAAAAGCUGUUGAAAAAGGAGCCUGGAAGUAGGUUCAACACAAACGGAAAGAUCUCCCAAGAAAAUGAUUUCACCAGCACACCUCUGGACUGUGAAGUCUCUGUCUGGUCCUUAUGGGGUCUCUGCAGCCACAGCUGUGGGAUUGGCAUCCGAGAGAGGACGCGGUUCAUCUUGCAGCAUCCCGCCAACGAUGGGGAGACCUGCCCAACCUUGCUGAUCCAGGAAGAGUGCGAGGAAUCCCCUUGUCCGACACCCGUGACAGACAGCAAUGUCACUGUUUUAGACCCAGCAGAAGGAACUGCAAAGACACACUUUGAGGCAAACCUGAAUGAAAGCAUAGACUCUGAUUUACUGGAAGAGCCCCUGUCACAGCACAACGAAACAGGAGGUGAACCAGAGAAUACCACCGCAUUAGUUCAUCCUGACACAAUGCGAGUCCAAGAAAGCAACCAGCUUCUGAAAUUCACAAAUGAAAGCCAGGGGAUCCCAGAGGCUGGAGUUCAAGCCAUUGAGAGUCUGUUGGCACUUCAAAAUGCUUCUGCUUCUACUGAUCAGUCCUUCACUAACCUAACCUCAACUACCGCAUCAGAAGGGGAUGCAUAGGAAGCAUCCCAAUCUGCUAACGUCACCGAACCCCAUACUGGUUCUGAUUAGCUAUAUGGUGAAAAAGAAUAAA